AUGGAGACAAAGGAACAACAUAAUAUGCGCAUUGCUAGCAAUCUAGAAAGAAAAAUCGAAAAAAGAUUAACAGAAACUAAUGAAGAACGGGAGCGUCAUCUAAACACCGAAAAAGAACGUAAAAGUGCUGCACGUAGCAAUGGCAACAUUAAGAUAUUCGUAGCCCAGCCACUUCAAUUAGAGAAAAAGAACAUUGUUAACAUAAUUCGAAUAAUGCAGCUCCCAUCGAGUGUGAACAACAUCAAUGGCAAGAUUCUUAUAAUUCCGCCACAGUCAUUAAUGAGAAUGAACAAUCUUAACCACAAGAGUUUUGUAACUUGGCCACUAUUAUUAAUGAAAUUGAACACCAUCUACUACAAGAAUUCCAAAACAAAAUGGAUAAUAUAA